CGUUUUAUGGAUAUUAAAAUAGAAGAAAGAGACAACCAUGGGUUGCUUCCUCUGUAAAUCGGUCUCCGAGUUGAACUCGGAACAAAGUUUGGGAGAGAAGAAGAAGAAGAAGAAGACCGAAUCGGAAAUGGCAGGGAAGAUGAAAAGCGAAGCUAGCAGUAGCAGUAGAACCACCACUAUCAUCAACAAUGGCAGAGGAGAAACUAAGCUAGCCGAUUGUGGAAGAAACAGAAGCUCUUGCGGCUACUGUAAAUCCCGUGGUUCCACAAGCAUCUCUCACGGUUUGUGGGCGCAUAGCCUUAGUGUCAAUGACUAUCAAGAUCUUCUUGACCGAGGUUGGAGAAGAUCUGGCUCUUUCCUUUACAAACCUGAGAUGGAAAGGACGUGUUGCCCUUCUUAUACGAUUCGUUUGAGAGCAGCCGAUUUUUCUCCUUCUAAAGAGCAGCUUCGAGUUGCUAGGCGAUUGCAAAGGUUUUUAGAUGGUGACCUGGAUUCUAAUAAGUCUCCCAAACUAAAAGAUGAUUCUAGUGCUUCCAAGGAAGCACACAGUUGUGCUGAUACUCAAUAUUCAAGUUCAGAAGUGAAAAGAUGCUCAUCUAGUAAUGGUGCAGAGAAGACUGAGGGGGAACCUUUCUUAAAUUCUUUAACGGACAUAAUUACUAAUGCAGUUUGCACAUGUAUUGAGAGCGGGGUGUUUCCCAAUGACAUUCAAUUGCCAAAAGCUUCUGUUAAAAAAGUCUCACAAGGCAAAAGGAAAUUGUUUGUUGAAGGAUCUGAGACUCUCUUGUACUCAAGCAAUAUUGCAUUCCAGAUUUCUGCUGCUAUAAAACGAGCAAAACCAGCUCUGGAGCAUGUCCACCAGCCAAGAGUCUCCAAUGAUACUGUGGAUGAGAAUAAGCUAUGUCCCAAAACAAUUGCAGAAAAGCUGGUGAGUUCCCUAAAUCAGCUAGCAGAAAAUUCUGGUCUCUCCGUUAAGGCUUGCAAUGGACACAUAAAUUUUUAUUCUGGUGCAAAUAAGGCUUAUUUGGAUGGAAGUUCUGAGAUUGUAGAUAAUUCUGAAGGAUCUGCUACUGUACAUGAAAGUAAAGUGUGUUCCUCAACGAAUAAUCAUGAAGGUUCUUCAGUUAAAAAAAGAAAGCUUGAGAUUUAUUUAACAAGGUCAAGUUUCGAUCCAGAGGAAUUUGCCUUGUACAGACGAUAUCAGAUAAAUGUACAUAACGAUUCACCUAGCCGUGUCACAGAAAGUUCAUAUAGAAGGUUUCUUGUUGAUACUCCGCUAAUCUUUGUUCCUCCAACUAGUGAUGGUACAGUUCCACCUUGUGGUUUUGGGUCUUUCCAUCAGCGGUAUGUGAUUGAUGGCCAACUUGUUGCAGUUGGUGUUAUAGAUAUCCUUCCUAGAUGUUUGUCAAGUAAAUACUUAUUUUGGGAUCCAGACUUUGCAUUUCUAUCACUUGGCAAGUAUUCUGCAUUACAAGAAAUCAAUUGGGUGAAAGAAAAUCAAAUUCAUUGUCCAAGUCUCCAAUUUUACUAUCUUGGAUUUUACAUUCACUCCUGCAAUAAGAUGAGAUACAAAGCAGCGUAUCGCCCUUCUGAGCUUCUCUGCCCUCUUCGUUAUGAGUGGGUUUCGUUUGAUGUGGCCAGGCCUUACCUUGACAAAAAGGCAUAUGUUGUCUUAUCAGAUUGUGCUGCCCAACAAGAUGAGGAGUCCUCAUCACCGAAUGCUUCUGAACAAGCCAUGGAAAUGCAACAUCAUGACAACAGCGUAGAAGACACGAACGAUGUUCUUAUACCUCAAAGGGAAGAGAUGGAUGAUGCCGAAUAUGAUGACAGCUCUGACAAUGAUUCAGGCGGAGAAUCAAAUCUCCCAGAAUCUAUCCAAGGGGAUGAUGGAGAUAUCGGUAACUUAUUGAUUGGGAUGAGAGGCACUUAUAUGAAGUACAAGGAUUUACAACGAGCUUUUGGUUCGAGGGAAAGGGGUGACUUGGAUAGUCAGUUGCGUAGAUACUUACACGUUGUUGGCAAAGAGCUUGGCGAGCGAAUGAUUUAUUCACUUGGGUGAUUUGAUCGAUCACUUGUUGUACAUUGAGCAUUCUAUCACAAGAUCAACCUACAUUUGUUCACGACUUUGUUGCCCGAUUUGGGGUGAGUUUGGGGCUAAAAAAGUAAGGCAAUUCUAAUGAAGUUUCGUUCUCUUUUGUAUUAUGCCUUUGCUUUUACAGUUUCUAACAUUGCCCGUGUUCCAUAUGGUACAUCACUUGAUAUCGAAUCUCUUUCGAAUUCAAAUGAUUUGUUUACAUACUUCUUGAUUGAAUAGUAAUGGGGUUUUCAGGCCAA